AUGGCUCGCGUCAAGAACAAGGCUAGCGACACCCUCGCCCAGCGUCUCGCUCUCGUAGUGAAGUCAGGCAAAAUCUCCCUCGGCCACGCCAGUACCAAGAAAGCCCUGCGCACCGGCAAGGCCAAGCUGGUCCUCAUCGCCGCCAACGCCCCUCCCCUUCGCAAGUCGGAGCUUGAGUACUACGCGAUGCUGGCCAAGGUGCCCGUCCACCAUUUCAACGGCACCAAUAUCGAGAUGGGAACCGCCUGCGGCCGUCUCUUCCGCUGCGGCACCAUGGUCAUCCUCGAUGCUGGCGACUCGGACAUUCUCGCCGAUCAAACCAUCGGUUAG